CGCUCAGGAGGUAACUUUCGGUCAUUUCUGGUUUGAGACGCAGCCGGCUGGACUGAUCAGCCACUGAAGCUGAAACGGCCUGCCAAAUAUUUACAUCAAGCAGCUGUGUUUGGGGGGGGGUUGGAGCGUUCUGGUCUGAACCGGUUGACCUGUCAGCGUGCACAUCACUGCAGACGUCCGACACAGCACCGCUGCCUCACUGCCUCUCCCGGAGAACGUCAUGGGGGUCCAGUCAGACUCCGCCAUCCAGGCCGUCUUGCUCUUCCCAGUCCACCUCCUCAUAUGGCUGUACUCCGUCCUGUCCUUCCUCCCUUGGUACUACAUCACGGGAGCCGGUCAGAGGAAGUUUCUGUCCAAACGGAUAAAGGCCCGCUCCACCUCGGACCGCCCCGAGGGGCCGUACCGCUCCGUCGACCACUUUGAGACUCUGGCCACAGAAGACUUCCCGGGCAAAGACACCCUGGACAAGCUGUUCAAGCACGCCGUGCAGCGCUUUGGGGAAGCUCCUUGUCUGGGCACACGAGACGUGUUGAGUGAGGACAACGAAAUUCAGCCCAACGGGAAGGUGUUUAAAAAGUUGAUCCUGGGGGACUACAGAUGGUUGUCCUACGAUGAGGUGGACUCUAUCGUCAGUGAGUUCGGCAGUGGAUUGGUAGCUCUCGGCCAGCAGCCCAAAAGCAAAAUCGCAAUCUUCUGUGAAACCAGAGCCGAGUGGAUGAUCACUGCCCAGGCGUGCUUCAGGCGCAAUUUCCCACUGGUGACUUUCUAUGCCACGCUGGGAGAGGAGGCAAUAGCCUACGGCCUGAACGAGACCGGGGUCACCCAUCUGAUAACCAGCGCCGAGCUGCUCGAGACCAAACUGAAAAGAGUGCUGCCACAGAUCUCCAGGCUGAAGCACGUGAUCUACGUGGACCAGAGGAAAGUGAGCACAGACGGCUGGCCAGCAGGACUCUCCGUCCACAGCAUGCAGGCCGUACGGGAGCUGGGCACGCUGCCAGAGAACUCGGAGAGUCCUCUUGUGAAGCCCGAGCCCUCCGACCUGGCCGUGGUGAUGUACACCAGCGGCUCAACCGGCCGGCCCAAGGGAGUCAUGAUAGUCCACAAGAACCUGAUCGCCGGAAUGACCGGCCAGUGCGAACGCAUCCCCGGCCUCGGGCCUAAUGACACCUACAUAGCCUAUCUGCCCCUGGCUCAUGUUCUGGAAAUGACAGCUGAAAUCUCCUGUGUCACAUACGGCUGCCGCAUCGGCUACUCGUCGCCUCAAACCCUGUCGGACCAGUCCACCAAGAUAAAGAGAGGAAGUAAAGGAGACUGCAGCGUGCUGAGCCCCACCUUGAUGGCAGCUGUGCCGGAAAUCAUGGAUCGAAUCAACAAGAACGUAAUGAGCAAAGUGCAGGAGAUGAGUUACAUUCAGAGGACGUUGUUUACGCUGGGCUACAAAUAUAAACUGGAGCAGGUCAAGAGGGGCUAUGAUGCACCAGUCUGUAAUGCCUUGCUGUUCCGGAAGGUGAAGAAGCUGUUGGGUGGGCGGGUGAGGAUGAUGCUGUCCGGCGGGGCCCCGCUGUCCUCAGCCACCCAGCGCUUCAUGAACGUGUGCUUCUGCUGCCCCGUGGGCCAGGGCUACGGUCUCACCGAGACCUGCGGAGCCGGCACCAUCACAGAAGUCGCUGAUAUCAGCACGGGUCGGGUCGGAGCUCCUCUGAUUUGCUGCGAGAUCCGACUCCGGGACUGGGCCGAAGGUGGUUACACCAGCAAAGACUCGCCGAACCCCAGAGGGGAGAUCCUGAUCGGCGGGCCCAACGUCACCAUGGGUUACUACAGGAACGAGAGCAAGGACCAGGACUUCUUCGAGGACGAGAGCGGUCAGCGCUGGUUCUGCACCGGAGACAUAGGAGAGGUCCACCCGGACGGCUGCCUGCAGAUAGUCGACCGCAAGAAGGACCUGGUCAAGCUGCAGGCCGGGGAGUACGUGUCCCUGGGUAAAGUGGAGUCCGCUCUGAAGAACUGCCCGCUCAUAGACAACAUUUGCGCCUACGCAAACAGUGAGCAGAACUACGUGAUCAGCUUCGUGGUUCCCAACCAGAAGAGGCUGACGGAGCUGGCCGAGCAGAGGGGCAUCGUGGGAAUGUGGGAGGAGAUCUGCACUCACCCCGACAUGGAAAAGGAGGUCCUCAGGGAAAUAAAGGACGUGGCCUCUAAGAUUAAACUCCAGCGGUUUGAGAUUCCAAUCAAGGUCCACCUGAGUCCAGAGCCGUGGACCCCCGAGACGGGGCUGGUCACAGACGCCUUUAAGCUGAAGAGGAAAGAGCUGAAGAACCACUAUCUGCACCACAUCGAGAGGAUGUACGGGAGGAAGUAG